AUGUCUCAAGGCGGUCGUCAAUCUUUCACCGAUAAGGCUGGAGCUGCCCUCAAGCCCGACUCGCAGAAGUCAAACACCGAGCACGCCGGUGACUGGACCAAGGGCAAGAUGGACUCCGCUGCAUCCACCGUCCAGCCGCAGUCCGAGAAGUCUGGAACCCAGAAGAUGGGUGACACCUUCAGCGGUAACUCUAACAACAACGACGAGUCCAUGAUGCAGAAGGCGAAGAAUGCCGUCGGUCUCGGUAACAAUUAA